AACACGAAUUUGUGUUCUCUGUUUUGGGGAUGAAAGUCACAAUCUCGUCUGAUUGACAUACAAUAUUUGUGACCGGUGUGUGUAUUAAUGAUGAGCUGUCAGUAUUAGGGUAAAAUGGAGAAAACUGCUGAUUCACAGACUGUCAUUGACUCCAAGACAAAACAAAGCCAGAUCCAUUUGGAGGAUGAAGAUGAGGACAAGGCCGCUGAUGGUGAGGAGUCCCUACAUUCAUCCUCAGUCUUGUUGACUCCUGAGGCCUCGCCUAUCAAAGACAAAGACUCAGUCUCAGAAUCUGCUACAUGUAGAGAUGAUAAUGGUGUGCAGACAUCAAGUGCAGGUGGUCGGUCACCACUGGGGGACGACCACACAUAUGCCCAAAUAGAACCCAGACUGUGUUUGUCAGACUCUGAAUCUACCUCACAUUGUAAACAGCUCAGGGAGGGGACUGAGAGUCCUUCCUCAUCAAGUAGUUCACAAAGUUCUGUGCCCAAGAAGAGGAAAGGCAGACGAGGAAAAGUGAAGCCCACGCCAGCAGAUGACAAGUCAUUCACGCCACCAAGACCUAGGCCUGGGAGGAGGAAAAAAACUGAAGCUCCAACGCAGAACAAUACAAUCACUGACUAUUUCCCUGUGAGAAGAAGUGGUCGAAGAUGUUUGUCCUCACUCAAGAGAGAAGAACAAACUGAAGAACUGGAGAAAAAUUCUUUUGAAGGGAGCUUCCACUGUGAGGAAGGGUUGAAGGUUGUAAAUUUUGAAGGGAAAGGUCGUGGUGUGAUGGCAACAAAACCUUUCCUGAAGGGAGAGUUCAUUGUAGAGUAUGCUGGUGACUUGAUAGAUAUCGGAGAGGCCAAGGAGAAAGAGAAGUAUUACUCGAGCAAUCCGAAGGUUGGCUGCUACAUGUACUACUUCAUACACAAGAACAAGCACUAUUGUGUUGAUGCCACAGCAGAAAGUGGAAAAUUAGGCCGACUCAUCAACCACAGUCGAAAUGGAAACUGCCAACCCAAAAUAUUUGAGAUCAAGAAACUGCCAUACCUAACUCUUGUGGCAUCACGCAAAAUCUCAGAAGGGGAAGAGCUUCUAUAUGACUACGGAGACCGCAGCAAAUCCUCUGUCGAGUCCCACCCAUGGCUGAAGUUAUGAAGCUUCCGUUGUGUAUAGCUUAAAGUUCUUGUUCAUGUGAUCUCAGCAUUAUCUAGUAGGGUUGUGAUCCCCACAUGGGUGCAAUGUGUGAAGCCCCUGAUGCCGCAUGUUUUCGCUGGAACAUUGAACAUUGUAAAUCCAGCUCAUUGAUUCUUAGAGUCCAAACUCGUUCAUUCAUGGAGUCCAAGCGGACUCAUUCAUUUGGUCUGUGCCUGUAACAGAUUAUGUUAUGUAUAUAAUGUAAAUAUAUUCCAACAUUAUCUGACGGAUAAUGAAGGUUUGAAUGAGAGCAUGUUGUGAGAAAGUUGACACCCAUGUCAUUGUCUCCAUUACAAUGUGGGUUUUUGUGUUGGAUGGGGUGUCAGAUCAAAGGGAGAUUACCACUGCAUAAUCUGGAAUCAGGAAUCACUGAUUUGUUUAACAUAGUUUCAUUUUCUUUGUUUCUCAGAAGGGGAAAAUGAAUUGUGGUGAAAAUAAAUAGCCUCAAUGUUUGAGAGUGAAAGUUUUGUAUUGAGUGAGUUGAUGUAAUGUUAUUGGGGGGAUUUUAUGAUAGCUUCUGUUAAUGAUGAAAAUAGUCUCCCCUUAAUCAAUACUUGAGAAACACUGUGGAAUUUAUCUAGGAUUCCCAACUAGAUGCCCAUCACUGCAGACUGGGAAUAAACAUGUUUUAUGAGAUUGGGAUUUUUAUUAAUCUUAUUUUCUCAAAUAUAGAGGUGUUUUCAUUUGAUUAAAUAUAAUAGUGUAUAAAAGAACAAAAUCCCUUUUAGAAUCUUUUUAUUGGUUAUAAGGGACUGAUGAUGGGCCUCUGCUUGGGCCUAGAUAUAUCCUUGUUUUGUCCUGUGACAUGGUUCAUUUUGUGUGACUAAUGACACGAAAUGAGCUUGACUAAAGAUUGAAGUGUUUCCAUUCAGUCUGCGAGCUUAACUUUGAAUUGUCCGUAAUUGUGAUUUGGAUUUAGUGUCAGCUUUUCUGCAGAUUGUCUGUCGAGGCUACAUGUGUGACUGUACAAUUUCAGGGAAACUACCGUGGUCUUCCCUGCUGUGUAUAUAACGUGAUAAAAUACAACCCAAUGGCAGGUGAUUUUACACAUCUAUAUUCCCACUUGCUCACUUCAUUGUCAGGGGAGUAGCCAUGUAGUUCAAGUGUUGUCCGGUGAGCCAAAGUCCAAUUCAUCAGUGGGUAAAGCGAUUAUCACCUCUUGUGUACCCUUAUCGUCAUAUCUGUUUGACUGGCAUUUUAGAAGUUGAUGAAUAAUAAGAAAGGUAAGAAACUUUAUGGUAACAACUUCUUUAUCAUAUUAUGAAGCAAAUUUUUGGUAUGGCUUCUUAUACCAUUGUCUUGCUUGAAUCCCUACCGAAACAUCUCAUCAUAAUACACAUGUAUAAUAAAGAAGUUGUUAUCCAUAAUGUGUUGUACCUCUCAUGCUGGAAUAUUGGUAAAAGCAGCACAAGACAAUUCCCUUCUUGUCUGCCUGGUUGUAGUUACCGUAGUAUGGACAAAUUUAGAGGAAUUCAUUAGUAAUGCUAGUUGAUGAGGUUGUGAAUGAUUUAGCUGUUCUUAUUGUGUACUUUAGGGCGUGAUCUUUGUGGAUUCAUUUCCUAGUCAAACUGUUUGAUUUUUACAUAUUUGCAGUGUAUGUUUAAUGACAGCACUGACUGUAGACUAGGCUCCGCGUGUAUAGUGAGUCAGUCUUUCCAUUUUAAGACCAGCAUCACCUCAGGUUUCCCCUACAUCAAGCUUACAUGUAAGCCAUGACAUGAGACAAAUGUUUUCAAUGAUGUUAGCAAAGUAACUGUCACAAUGUUUUGUUUGAUUAUGGUUGAUGUUUUACUUGACCAUGGACAGCAAUGACAACAAAGAAUCUUGCAGACUGUCUGACAUUCUGUGGCAGUAAAGGAAUUUCACAAGACUUUCAUAAGAUCUUUUUCAUGCAAUACUAUGAUGCUGACUUUUAUCAUGGUUAUGUACUGUUGUGGAGAUAGAUGUAUGGUAGAUUUGAAUGUUUAGUGCUAUGAGCUAGAAUGCCCUGAGGACCUGGAUGCUGUGAUCCAGGGACUUGUUCUACAAAACAAGCUAAGUGGAACAAUUAUUGUAAGCCUGUGUUAUCAUAUGGGAGUUAGUCAUGACACAGACUGCUUUAGGGAACUGGGCCCUGGACAGUGUGAUAUCAUGCGUAAAUCAUAAUACUGAAAAAUGGAAUCUUUCGUUUCGGGCAUUAACAUCUGUCAUCAUUGUAUAUUUUCUGUAUAGAACACAACACAUCCUCAUUGUAUAUAGCGUAAUGUCAGCAGUAUUUGUAUGACAGAUUGUAUGGGGGGAAAUAUUGUCAGUCCCACUUAAAGUAGGAUAGUACCUGAUAGAGCUAUGGUAACAUUUAUGUUGUAAAGUCUCAUUGCUCUGAUUCAUGAGUUUUCCCUGACCUGAAGAGCAUACAUCGUACUAUGUUUAGUUUUAGUUGGUGUUUUUUUGUUUUGUUUUUUUCCAAGUAACUUUGGUACUCAGGUGCAUGGUCUGAGUAUGAAGUAACCCGUGUAAAUGGACAUGCCAUAAGAUUUGGCCUGAA